GGCAUCAUCCUGGAGGAUGGCAUGGAGAAAGAAAAGGGUGAAAAGAGAGAAUGAACAAAGACUUUUAUUGAGGAGCCAAAAAAGAAAGGUUGUCUCAGAAGCCUAGGCACACUAUCACAAAGUCAGUGGACUGCCUUCACUGCUGACCUUCUGAAGACCUGGCUCCACCCCUAAGAAACACAGCUUAUCCUUGACCAAUGACCUCAAAGUACUGGGGGUAGGGGAGAGGGUCAGAAGGCCCACAGUGAAGAAUAAAAGGUUCCAUCUUCCUGUAGCAGCACUGACCUCUUCCUGGCACAUCUGUGAUCACCAGUAAACUCCCAAAUCCUAUACCAUGGUGCAUUUUACUGCUGAGGAGAAGUCUGCUGUCACAAGUCUGUGGGGCAAGGUGAAUGUGGAAGAGGCUGGAGGUGAAGCCUUGGGAAGGCUCCUGGUUGUCUACCCCUGGACCCAGAGGUUUUUUGACAGCUUUGGUAACCUGUCCUCGGCCUCUGCCAUCAUGGGCAACCCCAAGGUCAAGGCUCAUGGAAAGAAGGUGCUGACCUCCUUUGGAGAUGCUGUUAAGAACAUGGACAACCUCAAAGGCGCCUUUGCUAAGCUGAGCGAACUGCAUUGUGACAAGCUGCACGUGGAUCCUGAGAACUUCCGGCUCCUGGGCAACGUGCUGGUAAUUAUUCUGGCUUCUCAUUUUGGCAGAGAAUUCACCCCCGAUAUGCAGGCUGCUUGGCAGAAACUGGUGUCUGGUGUUGCCAAUGCUCUGUCCCACAAGUACCACUGAGUCCUCUGUCCAGUGUGCAAGUGUCCCUUCCUUUGUCUCCAACACCCUUAUUCUUUACAUGGGGACUAAGGCUCAGCCUUGAACUCACAUAUUCUGUUUAAUAAAGCACAUUCUAUUCAGUAA